AUGAAGCCUAUAUCUACAGCUAGCAACACUUCUCAACAAGCCGCAGUUGUUCCUGUGGGAAUAGAAAGAACUACUGCGUUGGAACAGUUUAUAAGAAAUAGCGGCAUCGGCCGAUUCUAUCUACAGAUGCAUGAGGAGAACAGGAAACACGAGACAACAGACGAAGGUCUAAUAUAUGCCACGACUUUGCUCAUGAUCGUUUCUAUGGUUUGGGUAGUGCGGUAUCUGGAAGCAUUAUCGAAUGAUUAUUAUCCCACAAACGAAAGUGGGAUAAAUACAUCUAUGCCACCAGAAGCGUUCGUCAAAGGAACACGCUUGAUAGAAACUUGCCUUGGUAUUCUUAAAGCUACCUAUGGCAUUGCCGGCGGAUCAACCAUUUUUGCUUACAUUUGUACACUUGGUUGGUCUAGAUUCAAAAACAGCUUUGCAGUAACAACAUGUGUGUGUGUCAUACGUACGUUUUUGGUGGUUUUAGUUCUGACCUUGGUCUUCUAUGUUACGUCAUUUCUUCUUAUUUCUACAAGUCCAUGGGCAUUUAUCUUUAUACUAUCCUUCUUCAAUCUCACAUGGUUGGGUGCGCUUCUAUCGAUGUCGAGAAAGAUACAUACACUGAUUAAGAAAAGCAAUCUAGCAAAUGAAAACAGUGUCAACGUGGCCGAGGAGAAUCGUUCAGAUCCUGAGAACAAUCAACCUGAAACCGAGGAUUGUGAACUUAGUAUCUCAGAAACGAUGAGAUGUUUGCCGAAAGCGAUUAAGUUGAUUAUGAAGGGAAUUAUGCUACGCCCGUUAUUAUUGGGGCUAUUGGGCGUGCUAACAACAUUGAUACUCAUAAUCGAGUAUAAUACAGUGCUUAUUUGGUGUUAUACAGAAGCAGUAGGUUCUAAACCUCUUCCCUUAGGUCUUCUCUGGUCGAUUGUUUAA